UCCAAACAUUACUUGUCAGUAGAGUACUAGAGUUCGGCUGAAAAUGAUUGCUCAACAAAUCGAAACGAAUAUAGCGGACAAUAUACAAAUUCGCCUUAUAGAGUUGAAUGAUCGUGAUGAGGUGCUUAAUUUCCUUCGAAAACAUUUCUAUCCAGAUGAGCCAUUCAUGAUUGCCAGCGCACAAAAACAUCCGGAUCCGGAAGAUGAGGAAUUCAAUAUAUCAUUAAUAGCGCAUGGAACAUGCUUAAUGGCUGUGCAACAGGAAACCGUUAAUAGUAUCUUAAAAGAACGUAUAGUUGGCGUUGUGUUGUCGGGCCCCAAGUGUAGUGAUGAAGCUGAGCAUUUAUUUAAGGAAGCCGCCCGCCUCGGUUCAACCACUUGGGGCAAGACAAUUGGGAUAUUGGCUCAUGCUGAGCGUGACUCUAACGUCUACGAGCGUUAUAAUGCUGAUAGAGCGUUGCACAUUUAUGCCAGUGCUGUCGAUGGGAGAUUUCGUGGACGUGCGAUUUCAAUGAGACUUAAAGAGAAGUUGAAAGAGUUGGCUCGUCAGCUUGGAUAUCCACUCUUGACUACGGACUGCACGAGUUUUUAUUCGGCGAAAGUAUCAGAACGUAUGGGUAUGGACUGUGUGAAUGUCAUUAAAUAUACAGAUUGUCUGGAUGAUGAGGGUAAGGUGGUGUUUAACCCACCGCUGCCACAUGAAUAUCUGAAAACGUAUGCCAUGAGGCUUUAACUGUUAAGACCAUCAUAAGA